CCUGUCACCUUUGCUUCAGCAUAAACCACAACAUUGAAAAAAAGCGCAAGGAUUAAGGAAAUUCCGGGAAAGACGCUUUGACCCAAAAUCUGCGUCAGAGUCUGGCUUUUGGAAAUGAAACCUCGUCAGUGAGGAUUGUUUAUUUCGAGGUUUGGUCCAGGCUCGCAUGGAGCCGCUGGAUGGUGGAAUGGGCUUAUCGUUUUGUGGCAACAACAGGAACAUUAACGCCUACAGCGUGGAGAAUGGCGUGCUGAACAAUGGCUGUUUCGUGGAUGCUCUCAACCUGGUUCCUCAUGUCUUCCUGCUUUUCAUCACCUUCCCCAUCCUCUUCAUUGGAUGGGGCAGUCAGAGCUCAAAGGUGCAGAUCCACCAUAACACGUGGCUUCAUUUCCCCGGCCACAACAUGAGAUGGAUCCUCACCUUCUUGCUGCUGUUUGUCCACGUGUGUGAGUUUGCGGAGGGCAUCGUCUCCAACAAUGUGAUGGAUAGCAACCACCUUCAUCUCUUUAUGCCAGCAUUCAUGGGUUUCAUCGCAGCCACUACAUCCGUGGUUUACUACCACAACAUAGAAACAUCCAACUUCCCCAAACUGCUGCUUGUCCUUUUCAUCUACUGGGUGUUGGGCUUCAUCACAAAGUCCAUUAAGCUGUGGAAGUUUGCAGAGUUCAGUGUUGGACCACAACAUCUGAGGUUCUGCAUCACGGCUCUGCUAGUCAUCCUGUACGGACUUCUGAUGGCUGUGGAGAUAAAUGUCAUCCGAGUCAGGAAAUACGUAUUCUUUGCCAACCCUCAGAAGGUGAAGCCACCUGAAGAUUUGCAGGAUUUAGGGGUUCGCUUUCUGCAGCCGUUUGUCAACCUCCUCUCUAAGGCAACAUAUUGGUGGAUGAAUCCUCUCAUCAUGGGAGCCCAUAAGCGGCCAAUAGAGCUCAAGAAGAUUGGCAAGCUGCCCAUCGCGAUGAGGGCCCUCACCAACUACCUGCGGCUCAAAGAUGCCUAUGAGGAUCAGAGGACAGCUGAAGACCCGGAGCGAGCGCCAUCAAUCUGGCGCUCCAUGUAUCGAGCGUUUGGCCGUCCCAUCCUCCUCAGUAGCACCUUCCGGUACUUGGCAGACCUGCUUGGCUUCGCUGGUCCGCUCUGCAUCUCUGGCAUAGUGGAGUACAUGAACAAAAAGGAUGAUGUUGCAUCAGGAGACAGUAAUAAGGAAAAGCAUUUAGGAGUCUACUUCAUGUCUACAACGGAGCUUCUGCAGAACAGCUCAGUCCUGGCUGUUCUGCUCUUCUUGGCUUUAAUCCUCCAGAGGACCUUCCUGCAGGCCUCGUACUAUGUCACCAUAGAAACGGGCAUCAACCUGCGGGGAGCUCUGCUGGCGAUGAUUUACAACAAAAUCCUGCGCCUGUCCACCUCCAACAUGUCCAUGGGGGAAAUGACACUGGGGCAGAUCAACAACCUGGUGGCCAUAGAGACCAACCAGCUGAUGUGGUUCCUUUUCCUCUGCCCUAACCUGUGGGCUAUGCCCGUGCAGAUCGUGAUGGGGGUGAUCCUUCUCCAGUACUUAUUGGGCUUUAGUGCUUUUGUAGGAGCGGCUGUCAUAGUUCUGCUGGCUCCAGUUCAGUAUCUCAUAGCCACAAAACUGGCAGAGACACAGAAAAGCACACUGGAACACUCCACAGAUCGGCUGAAAAAGACGACGGAGAUCUUAAAGGGCAUAAAGAUGCUGAAGCUGUAUGCCUGGGAGAAUAUCUUCUGUGACAGUGUGCUGGAGACCAGAGGCAAAGAACUCACCAGUCUCAAGACAUUUGCCAUCUACACAUCGCUGUCCAUUUUCAUGAACGCUGCUAUUCCCAUCGCUGCCGUUCUUGCGACAUUUGUGACGCAUCACUUCACCAAUACAGAAGGCCUUACACCCUCGCAGGCCUUCGCGGCUCUGGCCUUGUUUCAUAUUCUGGUCACCCCUCUCUUCCUGCUCUCCACUGUCGUCAGAUUUGCUGUGAAAGCUCUCAUCAGUGUCCAGAAGCUUGGAGAGUUUCUCCAGAGUGAUGAAAUUGGAGACGACAGCUGGAGAAAUGGGGACAUAUCAGUAUCGUUGGACGCCGGAAAAAAACACCUGGGCAUGACCAAAGCCAUCAACAGGAAGCAGCCAAUGCGCUACCAGAUGGACCACUACGAGCAGCCGAGCAGGCGGCAGAUGAGACCCACGGAGACGGAGGAUGUGGCUGUAAAGGUGAGCAAUGGCGCCUUCACCUGGGGAAACAACCUACUGACUCUGUCGGACAUCAACAUCCGCAUCCCCACAGGUCAGCUGACAAUGAUUGUAGGUCAGGUGGGUUGUGGGAAGUCCUCCCUGCUGCUGGCCAUGCUCGGUGAGAUGCAAGCAGUUGAUGGAAUGGUCUACUGGAGCAACCUGCCUGAAUGUGAGAUGGUCCACGAGGGGAAUAUAAGUUGGUCAGAGACAGAGGAGUCUGACGAAGACAUCGGGAGUAAGAACAGAAACUCUGUGGCCUACGCCGCCCAGAAGUCCUGGCUGCUCAACGCCACUGUGGAGGAAAACAUCACCUUCGGCAGCCCCUUCAGCAAACAAAGGUACAAAGCAGUGAUUGAUGCCUGCUCUCUUCAGCCAGACAUCGACUUGCUGCCUUUUGGAGACCAAACCGAGAUUGGAGAGAGGGGCAUCAAUCUGAGUGGAGGUCAGAGACAAAGAAUCUGCGUGGCCAGAGCUCUGUACCAGAACACCAAUAUCGUCUUUUUGGACGAUCCCUUCUCAGCGCUGGACAUUCACCUCAGUGAUCACCUGAUGCAGGAGGGAAUCCUUAAGUUCCUGCAGGAUGAUAAACGAACCGUGGUCCUCGUCACCCACAAAUUACAGUAUCUCAUACACGCAGACUGGAUCAUAGCGAUGAAAGAUGGAUCUGUGCUCAGAGAGGGAACCCUGAAGGACAUUCAAACUCAUGAUAUCGAGCUUUACGAUCACUGGAAAACUCUGAUGAACAGACAGGACCAGGGGCUGGAGAAGGACAUACAACAGGACAGUCUAACGUUGCUUGAAAGGAAGACGCUGAGGAGAGCCUUCUACUCCAGAGAGGCGAAGAACCAAAUAGAUGAUGAGGAUGAAGAGGAAGAAGAGGAGGAAGAAGAGGAUGACAAUUUCUCCACAACCACCAACAGACGGUCAAAGAUUCCCUGGAAGGUGUGCUGGUGUUACCUGUCGUCUGGAGGCUUCUUGAUGGUCUUCCUGAUGAUUUCCUCCAAACUCCUUAAACACUCUGUCAUUGUUGCUAUUGAUUACUGGUUGGCCGUCUGGACGUCCUCCAAAACCAAUCAGAGCACAGGAGCAGGACCAGACGCGACUAACGGAACUAGCAACGUCACGAUGCGUACCGCUGGGGACGACUCUCACUAUCUGCCCGUGUUCAUCACUCUGUGUGCGGCUGGGAUCACUUUAUGCCUCAUCACCUCUCUCACCGUGGAGUUUCUGGGACUUUCUGCAGCCACCAAUCUGCACCACAACCUGCUGAACAAGAUCAUCCACGCUCCCAUUAGGUUCUUUGAUGUCACUCCUUUGGGGCAGAUACUUAACAGAUUCUCGGCCGAUACCAACAUCAUUGACCAGCACAUUCCUCCAACGCUGGAGUCUCUGACGAGAUCCACGCUGCUCUGUUUGUCAGCCAUCGGGGUCAUAGCGUCCAUCACUCCUGCUUUUCUGAUCGCCUUGAUUCCCCUGGCGGUGGCCUUCUACUUCAUUCAGAAGUAUUUCCGGGUCGCCUCCAAGGACCUCCAGGAUCUCGAUGACUCCACUCAACUUCCUCUGCUCUGCCACUUCUCUGAGACGGCAGAAGGUCUCACGACGAUAAGAGCGUUCAGACAUGAAGCACGAUUUAAACAGCGCAUGUUGGAGCUGACGGACACUAACAACACAGCCUACCUGUUUCUGUCUGCUGCUAACCGUUGGCUGGAGGUCCGAACGGACUACCUUGGAGCGGUGAUUGUGCUGACUGCAGCCGUCGCAUCAAUAUGGAGUUUACGCUACGACACUGGAGGUCUGGUGGGCCUCGGCCUCACGUACGCUCUCACUGUUACCAACUACCUGAACUGGGUUGUGAGGAACUUGGCAGACCUGGAGGUCCAGAUGGCAGCGGUGAAAAAGGUCAACAGCUUCCUCGGCACAGAGUCCGAAAACUACGAGGGCUCCAUGGACACCACUCAAGUCCCUGAGAACUGGCCCCAGAACGGUGAGAUAAAGAUCCAGGACCUGUGUGUGCGCUACGAUCCGAUGCUCAAGCCAGUGCUCAAACACGUCAACGCGUACAUCGACCCCGGCCAGAAGGUGGGAAUCUGCGGUCGCACGGGCAGUGGGAAGUCCUCUCUGUCGUUGGCAUUUUUCAACAUGGUGGACAUUUUUGAAGGGAAGAUCAUCAUUGACGGGAUUGACAUCUGUAAACUUCCUCUGCAAACGCUCAGGUCUCGGCUCUCCAUCAUCCUUCAGGAUCCGGUGUUGUUUAGUGGGUCAAUAAGGUUUAAUCUGGAUCCGGAGAGGAAGUGCACUGAUGAUCGCCUGUGGGAGGCGCUAGAGAUCGCUCAGCUGAAGAACAUGGUGAAAGCUCUGCCCGGAGGACUCGACGCGGCGGUGACGGAGGGGGGAGAGAACUUCAGCGUUGGGCAGAGGCAGCUCUUCUGUUUGGCCAGAGCCUUUGUCAGAAAGAGCAGCAUCCUCAUCAUGGACGAAGCCACAGCAUCUAUAGACAUGGCCACGGAAAACAUCCUCCAGAAGGUUGUGAUGACGGCGUUUGCAGACAGAACGGUUGUUACGAUCGCGCACCGUGUCCACACCAUCCUGACAGCCGAUCUGGUCAUUGUGAUGAAGCGAGGAAACAUCCUGGAGUACGACAAACCUGAGACUCUUUUGGAGCAGGAGGAUGGGAUGUUUGCUUCAUUCGUCAAAGCCGAUAUGUAGACUCACAACAGCUGGCUGACUGUUCUGUUCGGUGAUGAACUCUCGUUUUUUUUGGUAAACUUUGAAUCAUUUCUUAGUGAAGAGGACAAACACAAAAACUACACCGAAAAAGAUGAUGAGGGUGUUUCUGAACAGUUGUUUGUCUUAUGCCAUCAGUGUCAUCAUAUGACACCCGUACACACCGUUUAUAAUCAAACAUGCGAUCCACAUCGACAGGACUCAAGCAAAAGCAAAUACACAAAAAAUUCUUAAGUCGCAUUUAUACUGCUUAUAAGCAAAAAAGUGCAGAACUCAGAUUCACAGCAAAAAUAAUACAAAUAUUUCUCAAAAGGAGCAUCACUGUGUCUGAAAUCCACCUUCAACUCAAUGCUUUAUUUAUAUAAACAUUGUGGGAUUUGAAAUGCAGUCAUGUCUGAUAUUAGUGACAUCCAGUUUGAACUGACUCUUUUGAAAUCACGACAAAAUGUCAUGUCUGGAGCUCAGUGUUUUUAAAAAGCACAUUGAGGAUCAGGUUCUGCUGCGAAUCACUUGGGACGAGUUUCAGACUACGUCCAAAGCCUGGCUACUUCGGGAAACGCUCAGACAUUUAAUUAAAACUUUUAUACAUUUGGAUGUAUAAAAGUUGAUACCAGUUACUUUUAUACAUAAAUAAAAAUUUAAAUCAUUCAUUCAUUCAUUCAUUUUGAGCUUCUGGAAAAGUUAAAUGUUCCAGCUUGCUCUGAGUUAUUUGUAAACUUUCAGAAUAAAAGUCUGAACUUGGGUAAAAUUUCUUUUUUUCCCUUUCCUGCCUCAGCUUUUCCCCGCUUAGAUCAGGAGCUGCUUUCUGUGAAGAUACAACCUUCUGUUAUUACAUUUAACUAUGCCCUAUUCAUUGCUGUCCUUUUGAUUUUCUUGGCAUAUUAGUUUUAAUCUCAAAAACACAUAUCAUCUAAUGUAUUGCGGCUGGAAGAAAGGACAUUAGCCAUAUUUGAUAGAUUCUUAUUGUCAGUAAAUCCCAUGAUGGACCAAAAAUCGCUUUCUACAUAACUUUGGCAACACACAAACAAUAUAACCAGUAUUGAGUCAACAUGCCGCCCACAUGUGGACUUAAUCCGAAAAUUAAAAUAAUAUCAUGUGAAUUAAUUUGAUCUUAUUGAUUUAAAGUCUGAAAAAGUUUGUACAGCCAAGAUUGUAAUUAGAAGAGUCAUCUGGUCCUUGCCAGGACUUAAUUUAAGUAAAUACAGCCUCAGAUGGACAACAAUACUUGAUGUGUUAAAACCAUAUCAUUACUUUUUUAAUAAGAAAUAAGCUGAAGUGCAGAAGCAGUGUGUGAAAAUCAAACAAUAUCCCCUGAUUCAGUAGUUUUCAGAACCGUCCUCAGCGUUCAGAUUUCAAUCAGUUCAGUGCAGACUGCCAACUGUUUUGCACGUGUCAAUAAUCUUUCUCACUGUAGAAGGCUAAACUCAGAAAUUCAGUUUCAUAAAGGUGCUCACAGCUGCUGCUGAUCAAUUGAUCGAGUAUAUUUGAUUGGCAGCAAGUAUUUUCACACUUCCUCUGCAGCUUGGCUUACUUUUUGUUUUAUAUAAAUAUCGUUUCUGGUAUGUUACAGGUGUACUUUCUUUUUCCCAUAACUGUAUAGUAUUAGAGAUGCUUUUUGAAGUUUGAUCGAUUUAUGUAUCACUGACUGAAGUCCUUCCAUGGGAUUUGUGACAAUAAGAGAAAUGUCGUCUUUUGCAAUCAUUUUGAAAAUGAUUGUAUCCCAGUUUACCUUCAUGGGGCUGGGAAAACUGAAGAAAUUAAGGUUUUGGUUUUUUCAGGCUCAGGAGAGCUUAUACGUUUUUUUUAUACUGACAGGAGUCUUUAAAUAUGUAAAAACAUUUGUUUACCUUUUUAAAUAAUAUACCACCUGUAUCGGUUUAUACUCGCUAACACAAAUAUUAUGCAACAAUAAGGAAGGAAAAUAGUUUUACAUGUUGGCUUUUCUUUAUUGUUUUUGUACAGACCUUUGUGCAGGUUUCUUUCACUGUGAAAUAUUUCAAAUCUUAUUAUCGGUGUGUUAUGCACUUCAGUCCUGCUGCGGAGGUAAAACUGAUAGAAGAGACGUGAGGCUGACAUGACGUCAGGAGUUCUGAGUGGAUUUAUUGACAUUUUUGAUGCCUCCAAUUUUAUUUUAUUUUAUUUUUUAAUAUGAAUUGGUGACCGUCCUACCAAUAAUUACCACCAAAAAAUCUCUUCUUACUAUCGGUCGUGUCAUAAAUCAACAGGAAAAAAAUUAUUUAGAUGAACAUUUUUGACGAUCCAAUCAAACUCAUGACGGUAGAAUGAUUAAAAGAUAUUUGGAGCAACAAACUUUGAUGUAAAUAAGGCAGAAAUAAACCUGAAAUGAAUGCAGAACACUUAAAAAUGUGCAAUGACUCUUUAUCAGCAGCCCCACAGCUUCCUCUCCAACUUUUGUGUGUGUUUUUCAUGACCUACUGCACCGUUUAAAGGAUCCCUUGGGGACAAAUAAAGUUUUCUAACUUGAAUUGAAUUGAACUUCAGCACAGUAGUAAUAUCUAAAAAUGUCUCAAUAAUGGCCUGGAGUAGAAAUGGUUUCAUAAUUUUUAUCAAUCUUCAUCCAUCCUACCAAAAACUACUUUUUCCCUCGUUUUUUCUUAAAAAUCCUAUUAGGGACUUCCAGACACAUUGGCACAAAAGUGAAUCUGGAGUAGAAAGAACGCUGCUAAAAUUUUAACAUUUAAAACUAACAAGGCAAUAUUAUAGAUGGGCUUAGUGGUUAGCACUGUCACAGCUUAAUUAAAGUAUGUUGUGUGCUUUAUGUUUGUUGUAAUUGGCCUCUUGCUUUUGUGCAAUAUUUUGUCAUGACCAUGUAGAUUCAUUAAAUUAGUUCUGAUUUUUAAAUCUGAGCCCGUCAUAUCAGUCUAUAUUUAUAUAAAUGUUCAAAAUCAACUAAAAUAAUCUCUCAUAUUCAUCAUUCUGUGCCAUAUGUGUUGCAUCAAACCUAGCUAAUAAGCUGCAACAUAACAGUUUAUUUUUCUAUCUCUCAGCCUGUCAUAAUUGUAUUGCCAUAUUUGAUUUCAUUUUACUGCUGUGGGCUUCUGAGUCAAAAGAGAAAGAAAUUAAAAGCAGUAAUUAUUCCUCAAAUGACAAAUUUUUUAUCCCUUUAUUCAUGUUUCAUUUCAUUUAUUUAUCAUAGAACUUUUUUUGUGGCUAAUUUGGCAAACCAAAUUGUACUUGCAGUAUAUUUCUUAAUCCUUAAAUUCAUUGAUUCACCAUGUAAUCUGAUUUAAUCUUACCUAGUAGAACCAUAAAUAAAUGACAAAUUAAAUGUACUAAAAAUCUUCAGACAAACAUGGUGAAUAGAUCUGUUCCUGUUGAAUAACCUGCAUUCUGACUUUUUAAAAUACGUGAAUAAUCUUGUCAAACAGGUUUGUUUCUGGCCUUUUUUCCCACCUUCCCUCUGCUCUAUCAGUUGUAUUUCUACACCAACAUUAGUACAAACACUGUCGGGUGUCGCGGCUCAACCUACAGUCGCUGAACCUGCUGUCUGUCUGCAUUCAUGCUUUGCUGAAUUUAUUAUUAUCGUCAGGGACAACAGACACCAAACACAAGCUCCCGGUAUCUAGAGAUGUUUUAAACUUACAGCGAUUGUCUUAUUGUUUGUUUAUCUAUUCUAUUUCUGUUUCUCAAGCCAGUGAGGAGGAAUUCAAAAAAAUUCAUAAGUUCAGACUCAUUAUUGUCAAUAUUAAAGGAAGGGUAGGUGAUUCUUUAAAAUUGCUUACCCUGCCUUUAAAAGUGAAUCAAACUGCAACAUCUGAAGUGAACGAUUAGUAUUUGAGCAAUAUUUUUUUUACUAUUUUCAAAUAAUGUGUUUCUAACAUGUGUCAUGGACGUAUGGACUUCUAGUCCAUGAAGGAUCGCAGUUGGGAAAAACAGAGAAAAUAAAGUCAACGUCACCAAAAGUUUACUUUCAUAUCCGCUCUGUCUGAUGGAAAUUUUGUGCAAUGAUGUCAUAAGUCAUGCUCUUUUUUUUUCCGAUAAGGAAAAUACAUUGCACCGUAUAUAUUUGAGGAGACCUGUAUUCUAUAUAAUAUUUCAUAAUUGUUCUCUUUCACUCUGUUAACUGUAAUGUCAUUUUUUUCAUGUGACAAUGUAUGAAUGAUGAAUAUUUAUACGGUUUGUGUGUAUAUACAUGUAUACAGACUGUCUGAAGAAGCAUUUUUCUCCAGAAUCCCUCGUUGCAUCUCUCUGGGAGUGGUGCUGUUGUCCCUUUUUAUAUUGUUUUUUACUGACUACACUGACGUACCUAUUGAGAUUUUAAAGGACUGUACUGUUCACUGAUUGCCAAGCAGAUUAUGUCAGAUAUUAUUUUACUCUCAGAUGUUUCAUCUCAAGAACUCAUCCCUUCAGUUUUCCAUUGUUCCUGUCUCCACACCUACACAGCGGUUUGUUGUGUUUUAUUGGACAACUGUUGUCCAGUCGUUUGUUUCAACCUCUUCAUCUUCCUCAAGUUAUCCUCUUGGUUUUUUUUUUUAGUUGAUGACGGUACACGCUCCCUGUUCUUUGAUCCACAUCCAGAUGACUUUUUUGUGUUGGCUACUAGUACUUUUCAGCUACAGGUUGUGUUUAAUUUGAUUUGUGUGUAUGUGUGUGAAAUGUAGGAACCUUGUGUAUUGUGGUUUCACAAACUCGAACCUUCUCACUGCUGACAGCUUUUUUUUACAUCAGAGGUCGUCUUCAGAGCAGCGUCACUGCCUCAGUACACCGGGAGAGCAGAUUCAUUUAUUUUGCUCUGUUAAAGUACAUAAAUGCAGAUCAUUGUAAUUUAGGGAGUGUUUCAGUGGUGACGAAGUGUGUUUCCACGCUUCACAGUUUUCUCAGACUUUCUAUUCACAAACUGUCUACUUGGAUGUUUUGAACGAACUCAAACCUGAGUGUAACAGAGCGGGUGUCAUGCCUACAUCCUCGGAUCUGUGCAAAAAACUUUUUAAUUCACAUCUGACUGUAAAUCAAAGCAUUUUAAAUUGUUUUCACAGGUACAGGUCUGUUUUGUAUGAAUUUUUCUACUCUGCGAUUAUGUACAUGCCGUAAGCUGCCUGAAUAACUGACAGUUUUAAACACAUCUGUAGUAAAUGUGUGCCUAUUAUUUUUUCUUUUUUUUUUUUUUACACUUUUAAUCGUAUUAAAACCGUUUUGAGAGACA